CAUGCAACUCUCCUAUAGGCUGAUAUUUUUCCCCUGGGGGGGCAACAGUCUAGCACCUGCGCUUGGCAGAGGUUCAUCCCAGUCCACCCCUGACUCUUGUCACGUCGAUGUCGUUCAGUUCUGUUCCUGAAGAAGCAAAUUCAACAUGAGUGACCAAGAAGAUUCUGUUAUGAGCAAUGGUGUGGCAGUCAUGGAAGCUGACACGGAGAGCAUCGCUACCCAAAAGUCACAAAUACUGUCGGACCCCACAAACGUUAUGAGCGAGACCCAAUCCACCCUCAUCCUCAGCGAAGAGGACACAACUGCAGAGUCAGUGAAAGUUGAGGACAGAGUGACUCCAAAUGGGUCCGCAGUUCAGUCACAAUCCCAGGAGACUGAUCCCUCCAGGGACACCGAGGCACCCGCCGAACCUCCAAGGUCUCCUGGGCCAGAGAAAACUACUGAAGGAAUUACACCAGAGGAGCUCAAGGCAGUUCCCCUGUCGACGGCGAAUGUAGCUACGACUUUGUCCCCGGCUGACCAGCUAUGGUGCUGUGCCAGAGACCAGGCAGUCAGGCUGAGGAUGGAGGGAUCAGGACCGGCGUCGGAGACUCCCAUCACGAUCCAUCAGAUGUUCUUGGAGGCGGUGGAGAGCCACGGGGAUCAUCCAGCCUUGUCUUCCAAAAAAGAGGGGCAGUGGGUCAACUUGACUUGGAGGCAGUACUAUGAACAGUGUCGAGUAGCUGCCAAAAGCUUCCUCAAGCUGGGGCUGGAGCGCUACCAUGGUGUGGGUAUUCUGGGAUUCAACUCUCCAGAGUGGUUCAUCUCAGACAUUGGCUGCAUCUUAGCUGGAGGUCUGGCAACCGGCAUUUACACGACCAACUCACCCGAAGCUUGCCAGUACGUGGCUGCCAACUGUGAGGCCAACGUCCUGGUUGUGGAGAAUCAGAAACAGCUUGAAAAAAUCCUGAAGGUUAAAGACCAACUACCUCUUCUGAAGGCCAUUGUCCAGUAUAAAGGCGAGCUGCAGCAGAAGGCACCAUUCCUGUACACAUGGGAAGAGUUCAUGAAGGUGGGAGAGGACGUGCCUGACGAACAGCUCAAUGCAGUGAUUGACAGCCUUCGCGCAAACGAGUGCUGCACCCUCAUCUAUACCUCAGGGACCACCGGCAACCCCAAAGGUGUCAUGUUGAGCCACGAUAAUCUGACAUGGACGGCGCGUGCAGCCGGCACCAUGGUGAAUCUGAACUGCGCCGAGGAGACGUUGAUCAGCUACCUGCCGCUCAGCCACGUGGCAGCGCAGGUCAACGACAUGUGGAUCUCUAUGAGGUUUGCCGGGACCACCUACUUUGCAGAGCCAGACGCCCUCAAGGGCUCUUUAGGAGCAACACUGAAAGAUGUGCGUCCGACUUCUUUCCUGGGAGUUCCUCGCGUGUGGGAGAAGAUGCAGGAGAAAAUGAAGGCGAUGGGUGCCAAGUCGUCCCCAAUGAGGAAGAGAGUGGCAGACUGGGCCAAGUCCAUCGGACUGCAGUACAACUACAGUGCCAUGAACAAGGAGUAUCUGGUGCCCUGGGGCUUCAUGCUGGCAAACAAUCUGGUCUUCAAGAGGGUGCGUGCCGCGCUGGGCUUGGACCGCUGCAAGUCUUUUUUCACCGGCGCCGCCCCCAUCACCAAAGACACUCUGGAGUACUUCAUGAGCCUGGACGUCCCUCUAAUGGAGCUGUACGGCAUGAGUGAAAGCAGCGGCCCGCACACCAUCUCCGUGAACAACGACUACCACAUCACAAGCUGUGGAAAGGUGAUGCCAGGCUGUAAAGUGAAGCUGGAGAACCCAGACGAGGACGGGAAUGGAGAGAUCUGUUUCUGGGGUCGUAACGUCUUCAUGGGCUACCUGGACAUGGCUGACAAAACCACAGAGGCUCUGGACCAGGACGGCUGGCUGCACUCUGGAGACCUGGGAAGACACGACCAGGGCGACUUCCUGUACAUCACAGGAAGGAUUAAAGAGCUGAUCAUUACCGCUGGUGGAGAGAACAUCCCUCCCGUCCCCAUCGAGGACUCGGUAAAGAGCGAAACGGCCAUCAUCAGCAACGCCAUGCUGAUUGGAGACAAGCUCAAGUUCCUGUCCAUGAUGCUCACCCUCAAAUGUGUCGUGGACGAUAACGGUGACCCCACAGACGACCUGAGCCCUGAGGCUUUGGACUUCUGCCGGCAGCACAGCGUCACGGCAACCAAGGUGUCAGAGAUCAUCGCCAAUAAGGAGCCAGCGAUCUACAAAGCCAUUCAGGAGGGGAUGGAGCGCGUCAAUGCCAGAGCGACAUCCAACGCCCAGAAGGUCCAGAAGUGGGUCAUACUGGAGCGAGACUUCUCUGUCGGCGGAGGAGAGCUGGGACCCACCAUGAAGCUGAGGAGGCCCAUUGUAGUGAAGAUGUACCAGGAGACGAUCAAUGAAAUAUAUGCAGUAACAGAGACACAGUAGAAGAAGGUGGUCAUGAGAAACCUUAGACAUAUUUAUGAACAUUGAAUUUUCACCUGGAUGCCUUCAGAAAUGUAUAAACCUCUAUUAAAUGUUGACUUUUUACCUGAAUGUUAAAAUGUAGCUGUUUUGGUUUCAGGCGUAAAGUCUUGAGUAUGGUUGUAUUUUAUUUAAGGGAAUAGAGGUUUGUGCUGCUGAUGUUUUUAAUAUGUCACAUUUUUUCUCCAUUUGUUUGUUUGGUCCGAAUCAAUAUUUAAACCCUUAAAUGUACAUACGAUUUCACUUUGCACUAUUUGUAAAUAAACCAUCCAAUCACAGCCAAAUCCUGCCGUUUGCACGUACAGGCGAAGUGUACAGUAACAAGGCAGCGUUAUAGUAUCAUAUUUUAUAAGAGCCAGCUGUCGGCCAGUCGAUGGUCGGGUAGUUUGAUCCCCAGUCACAUUGGAUGGUGUCAUCAAUAAAUUUAAAUGUGUUUUAAUGUUUGAAGAGACGCCGUUUCAUCAUCAUCCAGCAUGUUUCCAGUUGUCAUGUUGUGUUCAUAAGAGAUGUUUAAAGUACGUGAAUGUAUUCAUAAAUGUAUUAAGAGCAAUAGUCUGAAUUCCCUGAAUCAUGUGGAAAUUGUAAAAUGUACAUUUUCGCUUUGUUUUUUUUGUCAGUGUUUCUCCGUGUACAGUUUGAGAAACACUGAGAUGUUUGUUUUGUGGUGGAGUUUUCCAUCAAAAUUGUCAAUAAAAAAUUGAGUGAUUUAAGAAA